GAGAAGGGGACUGGGAGCCGUGCCGCAGGGGCAGGGACCCGCUGGAAGGGGCGGACUUCGGGCCCCCCGCGUGGGGAAGUCGCGGUCAGGGCAGGAGGGGACGCGCCAGGGGGCGGCUCCUCCCGCCCGGGCCCCGCCCUCGGCGACCGCGAGCGGCUUGCUUGGAGGUGGAGGGCGCGCCGGGCGGGGGGCGUGGCCGCGGCGCCCCGUGGGGGCGUCCUCCAGGCGGGGCGGACCGUGGCCGCCCCCGCGGGCUCCGGUGCGUCAGGGCGCGUCAGGCGGGGCGGGGCGGGCCGAGCGCGGGCGGCGGCGGCGCGCGCCGGCCUCCUCCUCCGCCUCCUGCACUCAGGCAGCCGCCGCCGGCCGGACAGGCACCGCUCUCGCCGCCUCCGCCCCGUCAGCUCAUUCCGUGCCGCGUGCCUUUGCCCGGCAUGUCGGCGGCUGUGGCGUGCGUUGAUUACUUUGCCGCCAACGUGCUUAUGGCCAUUUCCUCGGGCGCCGUGGUGCACCGCGGGCGGGCGGGCCCCGAAGGCGCGGGCCCUGCAGCCGGCCUGGAUAUGCGCGCGCCGCGCCGCGAGGCCUCCCCGCCUGGGCCCCCGCCGCCAUCCCCCGGGGCCGCCGCCGCGCCCCACCUGGUGGCUGCCAGCAUCCUGGCCGACCUGCGCGGUGGGCCUGCCGCUGCCCCGGGGGGCGCCUCACCCGCCUCCUCCUCGUCGGCCGCCUCGUCCCCGUCCUCCGUCCGCGCCCCCGGCGCCGCGCCCCCGGCCGCCAAGAGCCACCGCUGUCCCUUCCCGGGCUGCGCUAAAGCGUACUACAAGUCCUCGCAUCUCAAAUCGCACCUGCGAACGCAUACAGGAGAGCGCCCCUUUGCCUGUGACUGGCCAGGCUGCGACAAGAAGUUUGCGCGCUCUGACGAGUUGGCCCGCCACCACCGGACGCACACGGGGGAGAAGCGCUUUCCCUGCCCGCUCUGCUCCAAGCGCUUCACUCGCAGCGACCACCUGACCAAGCACGCACGCCGCCACCCUGGCUUCCGCCCGGAACUGCUCCGGCGCCCCGGUGCUCGCAGCACCUCGCCCAGCGACUCGCUGCCCUGCAGCCUGGCUGGCAGCCCAGCACCCAGCCCUGUGCCCAGCCCGGCCCCUGCUGGCCUGUAGGGCCCAGUCCAGCCCCGCUUGGAGCACCAGCAACAGGCCUGCUGUCCAGGCCCCAGGGUGGGCACAGACUAAAAGCCACCUGGCCCCUUCCAGCAUUCCUCUGAGGGCCUUAAGAUGCCCAUUCCCCCUCCAAGAAAGCAUAGUGGGGGUCUGAGACUGGACUGGGGUCACCUGGACCUUUGAAGCGGCCCUCAGGAGGGGUGGCUGGGACCCAUGUCUGUAAAUAGCCAUGACUAAUAAUUCUUCCCAUCUGUUAAACUGGGACUCCAGGGGCGGGGGUCGCCUGCAGGUGUUCUCUUCCCCCCUUUGCCACUUCCUUGCUUUAGGGGUGUGUGUGGGCCUUGGGGGGGGGCAGCCUGGGAAAGGCACCCCCUCCCUAGUGCUUGGACUCGGCCUCCAGGUCUUUCUCUCCAGGUUGAGAUGAAGUGUACACAGAGCCAUAGAGGAACCAGGGGUGCCUGAGGUCCCACCUGUCCCCAUCCCCACCUGCCCUGGCCCCUCACCCUACCGAAAGCCAUUGGAGAUGUUCAGGGAAACGGGGUGUGGCCCGGCCACCCCCAUUCGGGUACUCAAUCUCAGGUGUCCAUGGGUUCUGCCCCACUGCUCACCCACGGAGGGACCUGUAGGCCCCAUAGCCGUGGGAACAGGAGGGGAGGGGAAAGGUUUCCUUACGGUCUAGGUUUUGCUUCUGAGAUGGGGGAGGGAGGGGGAGGAACCAGGGUUUUUCCAAAGAGUGUUUGACUCACUUUGAGGGGGGGCUGAUACUGGGAUAGAAUGAAUGCUGGCUUAUUUAUUUUCCUGUGUCUGCUGGAUGGGGGGCCUCGCUGCCCCCAUGGGUGUGUGUGUGAGUGAGAAAGAUGGGGCAGGGAGUCUGGUGCCAGACCCACUCAUGCAGGGGUAGGGUCCCUGACUAGCCUUUCCACAGCAUCAUGUGACAAUCAUCCCCUCCCCUUAGGGACCAGACAGCCACUGGGCGAAAUACACCUCUCAGCAACCUGCAAGUGGAGGUGGGAGCCCUGGCUCCAUCCUGCUCCUGGCUCUGCAUGUCCCCGGGGGUGGCCCGGACCAGCAGUUGACGUCCUACCCAUGCAGACCUGAGGCAGGAGGACUGGCCCCGAACCUCCUGGGAAUAGCUCGUUUUUUUUGGACCGGGUAGAAUAUUUUUUCAGGCGCCAAUCCCUUUCUUGAUCCGGGCCUGUGGGUGGUCCGUUGUCCUCAGGGGGUGUGGAGUGUGGGACCGCAUGAUCUGAAUUUAGGGUGGGGAGUGCCUCGUCCUCUCCUGUUGGAGUUUGUUGGAUUUCAUUUUGGACAGAAACUGAAGAUCCCUGCCCUGAGGUGGGAAGGGACCCAGGCUCUGUGUCCCUAGAUCCUAAAGGGCCUAUUCCUCCACCGUUGGCUGAAGGUUUGUAGUACCCCUGUGUGUUCCAGAGCCCCCUAAUUGGGGGCUGGGUGGUUUGGGUGGCAUUGCAGUGGACUCAGACCCCAACCCAGCCUGGCAGGAUCCAGGGACAGGUGCCUGGGGUCCUGGGGAGGGGGUGGGAAGCCCUUUUGGAGCUGGGCUGGGGAAGGUCUUUGGUUCCCACGUCUGGGCUGGACCUUGCUGGCCUGGUCCAUCUGCCCUCAAUCCUUCUUCUCAGAGGUAGUGAGGUGCCUUUGUCUGGGGGGGCAGCAGGGAGCAGGCCCCGAUCAUCCUUGUGUUGGUGUGGACAUCAUCUUGGUCGUCACAGACCUGGCCAGGUGUCUGUUGGUGGGAGGUGGUCUGCUGGACCCAGGGCUCAGGAGGCUGAGAACUCUAUCUGGGUCUCUCCAGCGGCCUAGAGAGACCUGCACCCUUAUGCCCCAAGGGACCGGUGGUUAAUUGGGACCUGGUUCCAGCCACUAAGCUGUUGUCUCUUAAGGGUAGGGCCCUUAGGGACUCGUGCUUUGGGGUGGUGCCCUCCCCCCUGCCUGGCCUCAUCCUUGUAUUUAAUUAAACAAGCUCUUUUUUAA